UGAAUUUCUUAGCUACCUAUAUUCAAGUUUUUUAAUCGUUAUGUAAAGCGAAACUGGUUUAAGCAGAGCUACUUCCAUUUUGGUGGUAAUUGUACGUAUUUAGAAGUACCUUUGUUUUCUCGAGUCGACUAGUCAUUCUCAAGUUAAAGACCCCAACGCUUCUACUGGAAGUCAGAAGAUUGGCGACGAAAGUGGAGUCCCAACGGGUAAGUAUGACAUACAAACUGCAUCUCGGAGAACUAGGUAUCUUGAACAGCCCUCGACAGCUACCUUUUGCUGACCAAGGUAAGCAUGCGGGUAAUGCGGGAUAUUACAGUAGCCGAGCGUCCAUGGCGAACUCUCGCAGUUUGUACCUACUGUAAUGUUUCAUCGAGUCCCUCGGCCACACUCGCUUCAAAAUUUGGUGUUUAACUUAUCUAUCGGUCCCAUCCACUCGGUCCCUCCAUUAGCUGCUAGAGAUCCUGCGGUUUCAGGGUCCACACCACGUGUUUUCAUGGUCGGCUCUGCAAUCUUGCGAUCCCGCCAUUCCUGACCUUGGUGUCACCGGCAGCAUAGCGAACACGCCUCGGUGCUGCUGUAAACGGGAACAUGGCAUCGACAAACAUCGAGACCAAUGGCGGAGCUCACGAUCAUGUCUUGCGCCCUCGCCCACGCAAACCCCAGCAUGCCCAAGUUGCCGAGCUUGCCAGGCAAAGGAGCAGCAGCUCUAUUGACGGGAUGCUCGACGCACCACAAGAGCUGGCCUCGAAUGUGACAAGUGGCCGUUCAACUCCCGUACCCGACAACGCUCCAGCCUCAACCAAGGCUUUAUCGAGCGCACGCAAACAAGUCCGCGCCGAACAACGACAGCGACGACGUCUCUUCCCAACCACCGAAUUCGCAUCGCGCGUCUCCCACUUCGAUCCUAACUCCGACUACCGCGACUUCCAUGGCUUCUUCAAUCUGUUCUGGGUUGGACUAGCCAUCAUGGGCAUCACUACCAUGUUGCGCAACUACAAAGACACUGGCUAUCCCUUGCGCGUGCAGAUCUGGGCCCUCUUCACCAUUAAACCGGGGCACUUGGCCAUUGCCGAAUUCUGCAUGGUUGGGAGCACUGCUGUCAGCUUGCCUCUGCAUAGGCUGUUCAGAAAAAGCCGUGGCUCGCUGACCUGGAACAAAGGUGGCAUGGCUGUCCAAAGCAUAUACCAAGUAGUAUGGCUGGCAUCUUGGAUUGCUGUGCCUUUCAUUUUCAGCUGGACAUGGACUGCUCAGGUUUUCUUCGUGCUGCACAGCAUGGUAUUGCUCAUGAAGAUGCACUCUUACGCCUUCUACAAUGGACAUCUCUCGGAGACUGAGAAGAGACUGCAAAGCCUCGAUCAGCCUGGUAGCGCCUCCAAAGAGCCUGCUUACACGUAUCCCACCGUCGAAAAUCCAAUGGGCACCCGCAGGCACAGCGAAGUAGUUGCUGACAGCGACAGCGACGGCGAGGGCCUGUCUCAGCUGCGUGAUGAUCUCGCUCGUGAGUUGACAAGCCCCAUUGGAAACGUCACCUACCCCAAUAACCUUUCUUGGGGGAACUACUUUGAUUAUCUUCUGUGUCCCACAUUGUGCUACGAGUUGGAAUACCCGCGGACCAAGUCCAUCGAUUGGACCAAUCUUGUGGCUAAGAUCGUGGCAACAUUUGGCUGCAUCUUCCUCUUAACCGUCAUCUCGGAAGAGUUCAUCCUGCCCGUCCUGCAGGAUUCGGAAGUGCGGCUCAGUAACACUACCUCGGCAACAGAGAAGCUACUAAUCCUAUUAGAGUCGAUAUCGUGGCUACUCUUCCCCUUCAUGUUGACCUUACUUCUUGUCUUCCUCGUCAUAUUUGAGUAUGUUCUAGGUGCCUUUGCCGAGAUCACGCGAUUCGCAGACCGUCAUUUCUACAGCGACUGGUGGAACUGCUCGGACUGGAUGGAGUUUAGCCGCGAGUGGAACGUCCCUGUGUACUCAUUCCUGCGCCGCCACGUGUACGCAACCUCAAAACCCAGUAUCGGCCGCAGUAAUGCGACUUUUGUUACUUUCCUCGUGUCCGCCAUCGGCCAUGAAAUCGUCAUGGCCUGCAUCACCAAGAAGCUGCGCGGCUACGGCUUUGUUUGCCAGAUGUUGCAGCUUCCUAUCGUGAUGUUACAGCACACGCGUUGGGUCCGCGCCCACAAGACGGCCAACAAUGUGCUCUUUUGGAUCAGUAUGAUCUUGGGACUGAGUCUGAUUUGCUCGCUUUACGUUUUGUUGUAAAUCAAUAAGCAUUGUCCUGUUGUUCGUACAUGGUAAGGAAUAGUAGCACCGUCAAUUCGAAAAAGAUCUCCCACCUAGAGACUCGACGACGAGACUAGACGACCCAAGCUGUAAAUACUAGCAUCCAUUCACCCUAACCGU